UGUCGAUGGUCGGGAUCAUCAUUAACCCCUUUGGUUCGAGAAGUUCCGAGUGAAACAUGGAAAGCUUUGUACGAUUAGUCAGUGUAGUACUCCUGGUGAUGGGACCGGCUGUGUCCCUGGCUGAUCCUUUGGGUCGCAUCCACAAUGGUGAAGUUGCAGCACUAGGCCAGUUUCCUUAUGCAGCCGCCAUUAUUCCAGCAGUCCCGGUUACUGGACGUCCAGUUUGUGGAGGGUCCCUAAUUUCGCCUCGAUUCGUGCUGACUGCGGGGCGUUGUGUUCACGGUAUAAAUCGGGCUUACGUGGUCCUAGGAGCUGUGCACGUGUUUGAUGAACGCGAUUCGACCCGUUUGCAGUUAGAUGUCGCCGAGUUCAUCAUUCACAGCGGAUUUGAAUCCGAGCCCGAGGUGUUCGACGUGGCACUCGCGAGGUUGCCGAUGAAUGUUCCAAUUGGAAGUGCCAAUAUAGAUGUGGUUCGGUUGCCAAAUCGGCGACAGGUAGAGGCUACCUUCGUCGGGCAACAGGCAACAGUUUUCGGUUGGGGGAGUACUGGACCCGGGUCGGUCUUCACAGAUGAGCUGCGCUUUUCUCGAGCGCAAGUGAUUUCCCAACUCUCCUGCUCGAUCAAUCUGCCUACCAAUUCGAUUCUGAAUGAGCAUGUCUGUGUGGAUGGGGCAAGCAAUUCGCCAUGUGCUGGAGAUUAUGGAGGACCGUUGACCAUUACGGAUGUUGAUGGACGAACUACGCAGAUUGGGGUGUUUUCGUUCACUUCUGUCCUGGGAUGCACUUUGGGACGGCCGGCUGUGUAUACGAGAAUGUCUUCCUACUUGGACUGGAUUGGACAGAAUUCGGACGUCGUCAUUAGGGAUGAUUUCAAUUAGGUUUAUAGUUUUCUCAUUAGAUUAUCGUAUCAAUUAUCUGAGAUACAUUUUUAUAGUUCAAAGUAUUCCAUGUAAGUUAAAAGAUAUUCAAAACAGCUUUAAUUAUAAAAUUUUUCAAUCAUUUAUUAAA